AUGGUAUCUUCUAAUGCAAUAUCUAUUGACGAUACCGAUAAUACAUCCUCUAUUGAUAAUGAAUCUAUUGAUGAUUUGAUGUCUAUUAAUGAUGAUGCAGAAUUUAUUAAAAAGUAUAAUGAUAAUUAUCAAUUACCUCCAGGAUUUUCAGAAGCAUUGCGAUUAUUAGAUAUUAAAGCCCGGUCAAAUAUGACUAACA